CCUAUCUCUGAGCUUCUCUCGUCAUCCAUCUCCAAACAUAACAACAUCACCAACAAUCAACAGUAAAUACCGUCACACCUAACGAGCCACAAAGCUUCCCCGAUAUCGCAUUCUGCGCAUUAAAACCAGACACAUACUCGACGACCACCCACCGCAGUCAUCAUGGGUUCCGACCCCCAGUACGCCAAAUGGCCAUUGCUGCCUCUUUCGCAGCAUGUCUUCACCCUCACAAACGGCUACGCCACUAAGAAUGCGCAACAAGCCUCUGUUAAGGCCCUCCAAGAUGCCAUUGCCCAGGACAAGAUGGCUCCUUUUUACCGAUAUCUCGCUCACCCCCUCGAUGGCGUCCUCAACACCGUUGGCGAGGGCGGCGCUUCCGCUCCAGGACGACCUCUUAGCAGGAAGUCGAGCCUGGUUGGAAUGAUCGCCACCAAGCCUGCUGCUGCCAACAUCAGUCUCCCCUGGGAUGAGGGUCUUUACAACCAGCUGAAAGAGGACAACGAUCGUGAGCUAGAAGAGAUCCAGAAAGAGGAGGAUGAUGCUGUGGAGCAAGCUGGUGACACUGAGGUCAUGGCCGCCCAAGGCAAGCGAGCAGAAUUCUGGGCUCGAGUGGGAGACAAGGACAAAGCUAUUGCCACCUACGAGAGCCUCUUCGAGAAGACGGGCAUUCUCGGUACCAAGAUCGACCUCGUUCUUGCUAUAAUACGUAUGGGCUUGUUUUAUGGUGAUAAGCCUCUCGUAAAGAAGCAUGUUGAGCGCGCCAAGGGUCUUGUCGACACAGGCGGUGACUGGGACCGUCGCAACCGCCUCAAGGCCUACGAAGGCCUGCACCUGCUCACCGUUCGAUCAUACAAUCUCGCUGCGCCGCUGCUCCUCGACUCUCUCUCCACCUUUACCAGCUACGAGCUCUGCACUUACUCCAACCUUGUUGUGUAUUCUGUUCUCGCUGGCUCAGUCUCCCUCAAGCGAGUCGAUUUCAAGUCAAAGGUCGUUGAUGCACCAGAGAUCAAGGCAAUUCUUGGCGAUGGCGACGACAAGCUGCUAGCUCUGAGCGGCGCUCUCAGUGCUGGACCAGGUGCCGAUGACACCGUUGGCGCGAAGGCACCCAAGACGGCCACCGCUGCUGUGAAUCUGACCACAUUGGGCACAAGCACUGACCAUCCCGAAGCUGAGAUGGCUAUCGACUUCAGCCCCUUGGCCCUGCUCGUCAGCAGCUUGUACAAGGGCGACUACAAGGCCUUCUUCACGUCCCUGGCCAAUGUCGAGGAGCAGUUCCUAAACCAGGAUCGCUACCUUCACGAGCACAAGAACUGGUUCAUCCGAGAGAUGCGACUUCGCGCUUACCAGCAGCUCCUGCAAAGCUACCGUGUUGUCGGCCUUGAGAGCAUGGCUAACGACUUUGGUGUCACUGUCGACUUCCUCGACCGUGACCUCGCCCGCUUCAUUGCUGCUGGCCGCAUUCCUUGCACCAUCGACCGCGUGACAGGCAAGGGUGUUAUUGAGACCAACCGCCCCGAUGACAAGAACAAGCAAUACCAAGAUGUCGUGCGACAAGGCGAUCAGCUCAUUACAAAGCUACAAAAGUACGGUCAGGCUGUGCGGCUGAGGGGUAGCGAGAGAGCAUAGAUAUGAGAGACGGAUGGGGAAGUUGGUAUUUGGUAAUGUCAUGCCAAGAAAGACAAUGCAGUGGGGGAGGAAAUGGGUUAGAAGAAGACGAAUCCCAUGCCUUUACCUAUUUGCUUGACUGUAUGAUAUAAAUUAGACAGGCCAUUGUGGUAAUAGACUU